AUGCAGUCAAACACUGAUAAGGAACGAUUUUAUCGCAUACAUUCGACCAAACAUGGUAAAGAAGGUCACUUUUAUCGCAGAGGAGUCCUCCUAUCUGAGUUGGAAACUCCGACAUGUCCAUUUCCUUGCAAAAUGAUACUUCCAGACCCUUUAACUUUUGAAUCAGUAAGAAGGAUGCAAAAAAGACCAUUUAUUUCUGUUCCAUACUCUGCUAUAGUCCCUUGUUUGCCUAUGCUAGAGGAAUAUGAGCGCGUUCGCCAGAUGGGUGGAGGUUUGAGACCGUUUGUGGACUUUGAAGAUUCCAUUAUGCUUUUAACGUUUAGAAAUGUUUUUGAAAGCAAGCCAGUUGGUGUAGAAGGCGGUAAAUUCUCGCUAUAUACGGAUAGUACAAGGUACUUUAUGGAUGAGAAGGCAGCUAGGAGCGCUAUAGAUUUGAUAAGGCCGCAGAUAUCUAUAGUUCCGUGUGAAGAGUUGAGAAUGGUAGAUUCGGGAAGCUGGAGUAACCGGAAACGUGCCAGAGCCAACAAGCUUUACGGUUCUUACACUGAGGCUAUGGCUGAUUCUCAGACACAUUUGAUCUCCACAGCUCAUAUCCGCAUUGAUGGGUCCGUUUCAAACGAUAAUGAUGGUGUAGAACUGAGUGGAUUUGGUUAUGGUGAAUCCAUAAAGGAGAGAGGAGAUGCUCUACAAGGUCUCUUGCAAGGCAUUGACGGGGAAAAGCUUCGCAUCCUGCAGCUUCAAACCGGGACACCUUUGGAGAUUUUGCAUGCCAUUCUAUUAGGAAUAGAUGUGAUUGUUUCUCCAUAUCCUCAGCUGCUCUCCAAAAUGGGUAUCGCGUUGACAUUUGAUCUGCCAGAGGAUUGCCCAGGUGACCAUGGGAUUGCAGAAGCAAUUGAAAUGCUAGAAACCCACUGCAAAUUCGGGGCUUCAAUCAGCAAUGAUGGUACCUGCCAUUACGUUGAUAGCAUUAGUCACUACAUUGACCUCAAUGAUGCUAAAUAUGCCAGAGCAGUUUCAGAGAAGAUACACCCAGCUUCCAUUUGCAGAGAGUCCAGAGGUUACAUCAACCACCUCUUGAUCUGCAACGAGAUGAAUGGAGAGAUCACUGUACUGAUUCACAACCAGGGAAUGUACGAAUUGUUAUUUGAAAGGGCAAGAAGAGCCAUGGACGACGGCACACUGCCAAGCUUUAUAUGCGAGUUCAUAAAACUCAACGGAGGAAGGUCGUCUGGACAAUCUCAAGUCGUUUAG